GAUUUUUGUUCUUUUUAUUGCUGAAUACUACUCCACUGCAUGGACGUAACAUCAUCUGUUUGUCAUUUCAUUGCUGACAGACUUGAGCUGUUUGCAGUUGGGGCUAUUACAAAUAAAGCCACUAUGCUUUAUUUGUACAAGUACUUGUGUGGACAAACCAGCAGAUGUUAAUUAUUUCUGUUUCUAUACUAUUUAUGUGUAAUACUCUUAAUAUUGCUUAUUAUACUGCAGUGAUUCCAUAAAAAGUCACUAUUCUAUCCAUCAUUACAAUAUUUUACAUACAGUAAGUCAUCAGUAAAUAAUUUACAUAUUUUUACUGUAACAAAAAAAAAAAAUGUAGGCCAUGGGCCUACAUGCAACUUGACAGAAAAGCUUGAGCCCUGUCUGUAUUCUAUAACUGCCUAAGAGAGUGUGUAUACUGGUAUGCAACAAAAACAUAAGAAAAAAAUUAAAAAUUAAAAAAUAAAUAAAAGAGUGUGCAUUUAAAAGUUGCAGAAUAGAUGUUCUUGAUUUAUGGUGCUUAUUCUUGUGAUAAGCAUAUUAUUCUUUUAUGUUCAACCACAUUAUUAUUAACAGCUUAAUUGCAAUUAAUAAGCAAAAUAUAUAAAUAGUAUUUUAAGAGUAUAACAUAUACAACAAACGUUUUGUAGAAAACCUGUUAAAACAACUGAUUUAAGAAUGGAAAAACUACAGCUCAAAGUAGAAACUUCACAUUAAACUUACAUGGCCGAUUAUAUAUAUGUACUCAAACUAGUAAAAAUUACAACUCAACCACCCUACCAAAAGUUAUUAAGAUGCUUCUCACUAUUAACAAUCUAUUUUCUUUACAAAUACAGCAGUACCUCAUAUUUUAUAUUUUGCUCUAAACUUGUCACUCUUAUCAAUUUAAGUAAAUAUCUAUAUUUUCCCAUGACGCAAACCAAGUUUUUAGAUUGGAUUCACAUUAGAACUCAUAUUUGGGAACAUGCUUUUUCUUUUUCCGAAGACUAAUGAAGGUGUUUCGUGAUCUUUAUUUGACACUAGUUUACUUCCCUUAAGUGUUUUUUUAAGUUUUCAGGGAGAAUUUCAAAUGGAUACUUUAUCUGAGUUAAAAAAAAAAAUUUUAGGCCUGGCACAGUGGCUCAUGCCUAUAAUCUCAGCACUUUGGGAGGUCAGGGGAGGAAGCUCCUUUGAGCCUAGGAGUUUAAGACCAGCCUGGGCAACACAGAGAGACCUUGUCGCUACUAAAAAUAAAAUUAGCCAAGUGUGCUGCUGUGUGCCUGUAGUCCUGGCUACACAAGAGGCUGAGGCAGGAGGAUCACCUGAGUCUAAGAGGUCGAGACUACAGUGAGCUGCGAUUUCACCACUAUACUCCAGCCUGGAUGACAGAACAAGAUCUUGUACAAAAAAAAAAAAAAGACCAUUCGGCCAGGCAUGGUGGCUCACGCAUAUAAUCCCAGCACUUUGGGAGGCCAAGGUGGGUGGAUCACAUGAGGUCAGGAGUUCGUGACCAGUCUAGCCAACGUGGUGAAACCCCACCUCUACUAAAAAUAAAAAAAAAUUAGCUGGGCAUGGUGGUACAUGCCUGUAAUCUCGGCUACUUGGGAGGCUGAGGCAGAAGAAUCAGCUGAACCCGUGAUGCAGAGGUUGCAGUGAACCGAGGCAACUCCAGCCUGAGCAAGAGGAGCAAACCUCUGUCUCAAAAAAAAAAAAAGACCAUUUUAUAACUAGUAAUUUUUGAAUGAAACAAAGAUUCUAAUCAGUUUCUCUACAAAUAAGCCCUUUCUAGUUCAGAGAUUUGAAAAAAGUAAUGGAAUGUUAUCAAUAAAUCAAUUAAAUCAGUAACAUUAAACGAUUAGGAUUUAUUCUCAUUGCUGGUAGUCUCCAAUUCCUGGUGAUUGUUACUUUCUACAUCAAGGGAAGAUAAAAUAUACAUUGAGUAACUCCUGCCAAAUGUCAUUAUCUCACUCUGGACUCACAAACUCUGGUAAAAGAAUUUUUUAAAUCCAGUUAUGUACCAGGCACAGUGGUUCACAACUGUAAUCCUAGCACUCUGCGGAGCCUAGAUGGGUGAAUCUCUUGAGGCCAAGAGUUCAAGACCAGCCUGGCCAACACAGAGAAAUCCUGUCUCUACUAGAAAUACAAAAAUUAGCCAGCUGUGGUGGUGAAUGCUUGUAAUCCUAGCUAUUACUCGGGAGGCUGAGGCAUAAGAAUUGCUUGAACCUGGGAGGCAGCAGUUACAGUGAGCUGAGAUCAGGCCACUGCACUCCACCCUGGGUGACAGAAGAAGGCUCUGUCUUUAAAAAAGAAAAUCCAGUUUUAAAUGAGGAGACAGAAAAUCAAAUUAACUUGUCCAUAUCCCUAUAAUUAAGUAACGAAACCAGGAUUUACACAGAGGUAUAUCUGACCAAAAAAAAAAAUUCAAUUCCCAGUUCUUUCUCCCUACUCCAUCAUACUGCCAUUUGUAAGAAUUUAACCCAUUUGGGGCCUGCGCGACAUUCUUCCUUUUCGAUCCGCCAUCUGCGCCUCACGUGGGGCCGCCACCAAAAUGCAGAUUUUCGUGAAAACCCUUACGGGAAAAACCAUCACCCUCGAGGUUGAACCCUCGGAUACGAUAGAAAAUGUAAAGGCCAAGAUCCAGGAUAAGGAAGGAAUUCCUCCUGAUCAGCAAAGACUGAUCUUUGCUGGCAAGCAACUGGAAGAUGGACGUACUUUGUCUGACUACAACAUUCAGAAGGAGUCUACUCUUCAUCUUGUGUUGAGACUUCGUGGUGGUGCUAAGAAAAGGAAGAAGUCUUACACCACUCCCAAGAAGAAUAAGCACAAGAGAAAGAAGGUUAAGCUGGCUGUCCUGAAAUAUUACAAGGUGGAUGAGAAUGGCAAAAUUAGUUGCCUUCGUCGAGAAUGCCCUUCUGAUGAAUGUGGUGCUGGAGUGUUUAUGGCAAGCCACUUUGACAGACAUUAUUGUGGCAAAUGUUGUCUGACUUACUGCUUUAACAAACCAGAAGACAAAUAAC